AUGCACUUGGGCGAUAGCGAUCAAGCCUCGGAUGAAGAGAGCCUGGAUGUUUAUGCGACAGUCAAAAACAUCGGACCUUACAGUGGAGAAUAUGUUGCCCAAGUGUACGGCUGUCCGAACAUGCCUGACUUCCCACAAAGACUACUCCUUGGAUUUAACAUUUGCGACCUCAAUGAUGGAGAGGAGGUGACAGUUCAUCCGCCAUUCCUCCUCCCAUUCCUCCCAUACUUGACUUUCGCAACCGUGCAGAUGCGGCUGGAAUUCGAGGGGCAAGCCUACGAUUGCUACCAAGAUUGGUGUCGACGCGAGGCCGAAGCCUACCAUACUGUCAUUAAGUAUCUCUCGCCUACAGUCAGUGCACAGGUGGCCGGCAUUGGGACGUCUCGAGAACUCUGGAACGAUCUCGAAGAACUAUAUCAACAGACGGAACUGGCUACCUACUGUUCGAUCGGGGACAGAACUCAUAUUGCGAUCCUGCUGACCCAGAUCGGGUCGGAGUAUGCAUUCAUUGUUGAUGCCAUCCAGAAUGACAAGGAGCCGGGGACCCCGGCGGCCGUUGGCAAUCGGCUCGCCAAUGCAGAACGGGUCGUGCGAGGAAAGGAUCCGGCGUCCUCCCCGGCGUCAUCGGCCGCCUCGAUUCAUGUGAUCACGCCCGUUAAGAAGUGUAGAUAUUGCAAGAGAAAAGGUCAUGACCAAUCACGAUGCUGGAAGAAGCAUCCGCAUCUUAGGCCGCAAAGGGACCGUCUGUCCCAUACAGACUGGAGUGAUUCGAGCGCACCCAGCGAUUCAAGUUAUGGAUCAGGUCAGAAGGAAGACCGGCCGGGCCCGCCGGCUUUCAAGAGACCGAGAGUGAAUAUCGUGAGGGCGAAGGUGACGACCUUCUAUACCCACGCGCCAGACCCACGGUGGAUCGUGGACUCCGCUGCCACUAGCCACGUCUGCUGGGACCGGGAGUGUUUUACCAGUCUCCGGCAGCACCGUGAGAUGCUCAUGACGGCGGGAGAUCCGGUGGAAGCCGAAGGGAUAGGCACUGUUAAGCUCAGAAUUAGGGGGAAGCCUCACCGAACGGUAGUCCUGAAGAAUGUGUACUACGCUCCGCGGGUCGGGAUCAACCUGAUCAGUGUACCCAAACUCUUAAGGGACCACUAUUCGGUGGUGGCGCACCCGCGAGGCAUCGCCCUGCAACGCAGAGGACGGCCCGUGGGGAGCAUCCAGCAUACCGGGGAUGACUUGUUCGUCCUCCACUGUCAAGCGAGCUGCAAGCCUCGAGUCCAAGUACAUUUGGCCAGGAAUGCCACAGUCAGCGUCACAUCUCGAGAACCUUCAGAUUUUGUCAUGGCUGAUGGGGAUCCUCUGGAGUUAAGUGGCGCCCAAAGUGUGGUGACCACCUCUGAACUCCACAGUGGUAACGCAUUAGUGAACCUCAAAGAAGAUGCGAGCAUAGGAGUGGACCAGGAAACAUCCGAAGAGCUAUGGCACGCUCGAAUGGGUCAUUUGAAUCGGGGAGACUUGCGGCUGGUCCUCCGACAGUCCGGCACUCCGUACCGUCCUCUGACCUGCCAGGAACUGCAGGCAACGCCGCGGUGUCCGGCGUGCAUGGCGGGGAAGCAGCAUCAGAAGAGGCACUCCCGGCGUAGAAAUCCCUCCAUUCGAUCCUCUGAGAUCUUUGAGUUGGUGCACUCUGAUCUAAUGGAAAUGCCUGUUGGCAAGGAUGGCUCCAGGUACGUGGUCACCUUUACUGAUAAUUAUUCACGCGGCUCGUGGAGCUAUGCAAUGAAAUGGAAGUCCGAAGCACUACAGAAAUUCCAGUUUUUUGAAGCAUGGGUACGCCGACAAUUCGGGACCCGCAUCAAGCGAUUUCUCUGCGAUAACGGAAGAGAAUAUCUGGCCAUCGGCACCUAUCUCGAGUUACAAGGCAUGGAGUUUGACACAUCCGCUCCGUACUGCAAAGGUCAGAAUGGCCUAGCGGAACGUACGAACCGCACGAUCCGGGAGCGGGUUAACACGCUCCUGUAUGAUACGAAACUUCCUCUAUCCUUUUGGACCGAGAUCCUUGACACUGUCGUUUACCUCAAAUUGCGAGCGCCGGCAUCGUUCCUGCAGAAGAAGACCCCAUAUGAGGUUCUAUACGGAAAGCUACCAAGCUUGUCCCAUCUCCGCCGCAUCGGCUCGCAUACUUGGGUCUUGAUCCCCAAAGAACAGCGGCCCAAACUAGGGCCCCGUUCCUCCGAGUGCCGGCUGCUCGGGUACAGCGAACCGAAUCAAUAUAAGCUGUACGAGGGGGAAGUUGGCAACGGCCUCCCGGGCAACGACCCUCCGUCACUAGACCUUCCAAACAUUCCGGUCGCUGCUGUGGACCUAAGUCCGCCGAAACCGAUAUCGAUAGCGAUACCGUCAAUCGCGCUGCCUCCUCAACCUCCACCAGAAGCAGAUGAGCCAGAAGUGGGCGGUAGUACACACGACACUGCUUCUUCUGAAACGACCAAUCCCGUAGCGUCCGAAGUGCAAGAUAUACCGGACCUAGGAUACUCGCUCUUCGGGCGACGACGGCAGCCGUCUCGACGACUCCUCGAAGCGAUAGGCAAAGUCUACUUUACAUUACCGUUGUCGUCCUCAGACCGUGACCCACAGACCUUUCAAGAGGCCGUGUCUGGCCCACAUCGUGUGGACUGGUGGGCGUCGAUCCAGAAGGAAUACAGCUCCCUUCUUGAAAAUGGUACAUGGGAUAAAAUUAUGCGAAAAGACGUUCCACCUGGACACCGCGUUAUCGAGUGCAAAUGGGUGUUCAAGACCAAGGCGAACGGAGUUCGAAAAUCCCGCCUGGUUAUCAAAGGCUUUCGCCAGAGAACUGGAGUUAAUUAUCAUGAGACGUUCGCAGCGGUCUCUCGAAUGGAUUCUGUCCGCUGUAUUGUAGCUAGCGCUAUCCUGAAAGGCUGGGAACUUCAUCAGUUCGACGCGGUAAUAGCAUUUCUCCACGGAGACAUCGACACCGAUAUCUAUAUGGAGUUGCCAGAAGGCUUCCAGGAAGAAGGGUACGUCUGCCGUCUGCGACAAUCCCUCUACGGCUUAAAACAAGCGCCACGGAUCUGGUACCGGUGUGUACGGCGAGUCCUAAAGGCGCAUGGUUUCUUCAUGGCACAAUCAGACAACUGCGUCUUUUACAAGGAGAACUGUGUGGUCUGUGUCUAUGUUGAUGAUUUCCUGGUGGCCGGAGCCAAUGAUCGAGAAAUCUACCUUGUUAGGAACGCUCUCGAAUCGAAGUUCAAACUGAACGAUCUAGGAACUCUACGCUCUUUUCUUGGAAUCCAAUUCGUCAUUCACGAUGAUGGAUCUGUAUCUCUACAUCAGCGACAGUAUAUUCAAAAGAUCCUAUCUGAUUUCUGCAUGGAGACUUGCCAGCCUAAGGAUACUCCAAUGAUUCCCAAAAGCUCUCUGGACCUGAGACCAGACGAGCGCAGUCUUGACGACACCGCCGGAGCCCGCUACAGUUCGGCCAUCGGUGCAUUGAUGUAUCUGAUGAUCGGAACCCGACCAGAUAUCGCGUUCGCGGUUGCGACACUGAGUCGAUUCGUGUCUCGACCGCAAUCGCAUCACCAAGCCGCGCUGCAGCGACUGCUCCGCUACCUGGAAGCAUCGCAGGAUGUCUGCAUCUCAUAUCGAAAGGGUGAUCUGAUCGGCUAUACGGAUGCCGAUUUUGGUGGAUCGGUCGUGACCGACGGGGCAUACUCUACAUCCGGAUAUAUCUUCAAGCUCGCGGGAGGACCUAUCUCCUGGUCGUCCAAGAAACAGGGGGAAAUCGCCACGUCCACCACUCAUGCAGAGUAUAUCGGCCAGUAUAACGCUAUUCUACAUCUGCAGCGGCUGCGUACCUUCCUGGAUGAAACCAAUCUUUAUUGGUUACCGGUCACACACAUUAUGGCCGACAAUCAGUCUGCUAUUGCCUUGUCGCGGAACCCAGAGUUCCAUAAACGGGCCAAACAUUUCAAUGCCAAGUUCCACUAUUAG